AUGGCUGGUCCCGAAGGCUCCCAAGACCCUGUUGGCAAUCCGGUACCCGCAUCGAUAGACUCACCUGGAGCUCUAUCGAAAUCAUAUUCGUGCGUGGUCUGUCACAAGCGAAAAGUAAAAUGCGACCGACAAGAUCCAUGCUCGAACUGCGAGAAGGCUAGUGUUGAGUGUAUUUACCGUCCUCCACCGCCGCCCCGUCGUCGCAAACGAGAGCGCGAUUUGGAUGAAAACGCGUCUGAAAGUCGAGAAAAAGUGCGUCGCCAUGGAGCUGAAGAGUCUCACUUAAUUAAUAGCAACCAGAGGUAUAAGUUGCCUCCCUCUCGUGUCCAAAGCGCCCAGAUGGAACAGACUGCGGGAUCCGGAAGAAUGAUCAUGAAAGACGGCAACUCUGUUUACAUUGAUAAUACUCUAUGGGCAACAGUUAGCCACGAGCUCACCAAUGCGACAGACGUAAUAAAUGAUGUAUCAGACGGCGGCGAUGAGAAUGUGUCUGAAGACGACAAUGAUGAGACUGACAUGCUAUUGAGCCUCGGUAACAAGGAAUGUGUCUCAAAUCUACACCCAAAUUCUUUGCAUAUCUUCAAGUUAUGGCAGACUUUUCUUGAAAACGUCAACCCGUUAAUCAAGUUGUUGCAUACCCCGACAGUCCAACCACAAAUCCUCGAGGCUAUGAGUGACUUGCCAAAGGCAGGUAAAGAGCUUGAGACCUUGAUGUUUUCGAUUUACUGCAUCUCUUUGGCUUCUAUGCCGGCAGGAGACGUGGAGAAAUCAUUUGGCGAGACCAAAAGAAAGCUUCUUUCCCGAUAUAGAAGAGGCGCCCAGAUGUCAUUCAGAAAGGUGUCUCUUCUUCGAACCUCAAGUAUUAGAGUGUUGCAAGCGUUCAUGUUGUACCUGUUAUCGAUGCGAGGAUCAUCAGAUCCACAUACAAUUUGGACACUCAGCGGAGUUGCAUUACGUAUCUCCCAGAGAAUUGGGAUUCAUCGUGACGGCUCUGCAUUUGGACUCUCGGCGUUCGAGACUGAAAUGAGACGUCGGAUUUGGUUUCAACUUAUUAUCGUGGAUUCCACAUCCGCUCAAUUCUGCGGAGUGGCCACCAGCCCGUUUCUGGCAACUGCCGACACCCAGCCUCCAGCGAAUGCGAAUGAUAGCGAUCUUGAUCCCCGCAUGACAGAGCCAGCACCCGAAAAAACUGGCGCAACUGAGAUGAUAUUCUGUCUCGCUCGCGCCGAGUUCGGCAAAUGGCUCAGACGUUGGGGCAGAGAGUAUGGUGAUUCCAAUUCACCCUGGGAAUUCCUAUCAUCAUCUUCAAUGACUCUACACCAAAAGGAUGAGGCCAUUGAUGAAUUCGAAAGUCUUGUCGAAAACAAAUUUUUGCGCUUCUGCGACCCAUCUAUUCCGCUUCACCUCGCAACCACCGUGAUGGCACGCUCUGCGGUACACUUCGCACGGUUGGCGGCGCACCACCCACGUCAAUACCAAGAUCCAACUUUUCAGGUCUCUCAGAAAGAAAAAGACACAAUUUAUGUAAACUGCCUGAAGAUGGCAGAAUAUGCCCACUUUGCCCAGUCGAACCCAAGCAUCCAGCGGUUUAUCUGGCACAUGGUCAAUCAUAUGCCGUGGGACGCCAUGAUUUUCAUGCUGUCUGAAAUGCGAAACCGGUCUGACCCGGAGGAAAAGAGCAUGGUAUGGCAGAUUAUUGGUGACUUAUACGCUCGGUAUCUUCGACAAAUGGCCAAAUCUACUCAUGUGCCUCUUCACAAUGCGCUGCAGAACUUGAUAGUCAAGGCAUGGAGAGUGUACAUUGAGGACUGUAACAAUCACAAUCGAGCCCCUACUCCAUGUCCCGAAAUUGUCUCAACACUUCUAGAAAAGGCGGAUUGUUCCACAGAAAAGCAAACAGUUGAUGGAGAGUCCAGGAUGACUGAGCUUGGCACUCAUUUCCAAGAGUUACCUAGUCAAAGUGUUCCCAGCGAAUAUCUUGCCUCUGGACCGGAGGAUAUCAACUUUUUGCUCACCGACAGUCCAAAUUGGACCGAAUGGGACAACCUUUUGAACCAGUUCCAGGAAUCGCUUUUAGAUGACACAGCGCUGUUGUCGGGCGCAUGA